AUGGACGGAAGCUGGGACGGAAACGAGUCAGACGAUAGCUCACAGUUCGAGCGAGGAGUAGACCACAUCUACGAAGCAUUCAUCUGUCCGUUAACAAAAGAAGUCAUGCACGACCCCGUCACGUUAGAGAACGGACGAACAUUCGAGCGUGAAGCCAUCGAGAAAUGGUUCAAAGAAUGCCGUGACACCGGGAAGCCACCAUCUUGCCCUAUCACAUCGCAGGAGCUGAGCACUUCUGACGUGAGCCCGAGCAUAGCUCUGCGCAACACAAUCGAAGAGUGGAGAUCAAGGAACGACUCUGCCAAGCUCGACAUUGCUCGCCAGGCGCUGUUUCUUGGCAAUGCCGAGAGUGAUAUCUUGCAAGCUCUGAUGCAUGUGAGGCAGAUUUGCAGGAGCAUCCGGUCGAAUAGGCAAGGUGUGCGUAACUCUCAGCUUAUUCGAAUGAUCAUCGACAUGUUGAAAAGUAACAGCCAUAGAGUGCAGUAUAAGGCUCUGCAGACACUUCAAGUUGUUGUUGAAGGAGAUGAAGAGAGCAAGGCGAUACUAGCUGAAGGGGAUACAGUGCGUACGCUGGUUAAGUUCUUGUCACAGGAGCCAUCAAAGGGGAGAGAAGCAGCUGUUUCUUUGCUGUUUGAGCUCUCUAAAUCAGAAGCCUUGUGCGAGAAGAUUGGUUCGGUUAAUGGAGCUCUUAUCUUACUGGUUGGUCUCACAAGCAGCAACUCUGUGAACGUGUCUAUUGUUGAGAAAGCUGAUAGAACAUUGGAGAACAUGGAGAGGUCAGAGGAAAUUGUUAGGCAGAUGGCUUCUUAUGGUAGACUCCAGCCUCUUCUUGGAAAACUUCUUGAAGGUUCACCUGAAACGAAACUCUCCAUGGCUUCAUUUCUUGGGGAGCUUGCUUUAAACAAUGAUACGAAGGUUCUUGUGGCUCAAACUGUGGGAUCUUCGCUUGUGGAUCUAAUGAGAAGCGGUGACAUGCCUCAACGAGAAGCUGCUCUGAAAGCUCUUAACAAGAUCUCGUCGUUUGAAGGGAGUGCUAAAGUUUUAAUCAGCAUAGGGAUUCUCCCUCCACUAAUCAAAGAUCUGUUCUACGUGGGACCAAACCAGCUUCCAAUCCGGUUGAAAGAAGUCUCUGCAACUAUCCUCGCUAACAUAGUGAACAUUGGUUACGACUUUGACAAGGCCACUCUUGUUUCAGAGAACAGAGUGGAGAAUCUUCUGUAUCUGAUAAGCAACACGGGUCCAGCGAUCCAGUGCAAGCUUCUGGAGGUUCUUGUUGGACUCACCACUUGCCCUAAAACGGUUAUACAUGUCGUCUCGGCGAUUAAAACCUCCGGUGCUAUCAUCAGUUUGGUUCAGUUCGUGGAGGUCAGAGAGAAUGACGAUCUGCGUUUGGCUUCCAUAAAGCUUCUUCACAACCUUUCACCGUUCAUGAGUGAAGAGCUAGCAGACGCCUUGCGUGGCACUGCAGGACAGCUCGGGAGCCUCGUUGCGAUCAUCUCUGAGAAGACACCAAUCUCUGAAGAGCAAGCUGCAGCUGCUGGACUCUUAGCUGAGUUGCCAGAGAGAGAUUUGGGACUAACUCAAGAAAUGUUAGGAGUCGGUGCGUUUGAGAAAAUCAUCUCCAAAGUGAUUGGAAUCCGGCAAGGGGAGAUCAAAGGGAUGCGGUUUGAGAGAACGUUUCUUGAAGGGCUUGUGCGUAUACUCGCUAGGGUUACCUUCGCAAUCAGCAACGAGGCUCGUGCCGUUACGUUUUGCCGUGAGUACAAUGUGGCUUCUCUUUUCAUUCAUCUCCUUCAGUCCAACGGUCAAGAUAACAUCCAGAUGGUUUCUGCAAUGGCUUUAGAGAAUCUUUCGCUAGAGUCUAUAAACCUCUCACGGAUGCCUGAUCUGCCUCCUCCUAGCUACUGUGUCUCCAUCUUUUCGUGUAUGAGCAAACCGCACGUUGUGACCGGUCUUUGCAAGAUCCACCGGGGGAAAUGUUCCUUGAGAGAAACGUUUUGCCUUCUGGAAGGAGGAGCUGUGGAGAAACUAGUGGCUCUGUUGGACCAUGAGAACGAUAAAGUUGUUGAGGCCUCGCUUGCGGCUCUUUCGAGCUUGUUAGAAGAUGGGCUAGAUGUGGAGAGAGGGGUGAAGAUACUCGACGACGCGGACGGGAUACGGCAUAUUCUGAACGUUCUGACUGAGAACAGGACGGAGAGGCUGACGAGGAGAGCGGUUUGGGUGGUGGAGAGGAUCUUGAGGAUUGAAGAGAUAGCGAGAGAGAUCGCGGAAGAGCCUAACGUGAGCGCUGCGCUUGUGGACGCUUUCCAAAACGCUGAUUUCAGAACGCGGCAGAUCGCUGAGAACGCGUUGAGACACAUUGAUAAGAUCCCAAACUUCUCAGGUAUAUUCCCAAACAUGGCAUAG